UUGAUUCCAGUCAGACAGAGUCCAGUGAUCCGGAGCAGCUUCACGCGAGACAAACGCCUGAAUUCGAAUCCCUGCGUCCGGUGGAAUACCGAAUUCAUGGACCCAGUGGGGGAAUUGACGAUCAGCGUCACAAACUAUCUUCUCCUGCCGAUCUCGACGGUGCAACGACGGACGGGUCCAGAACGGAACAACCGAGUGCGCUGAUACCUGCCACUCUACUCUCGGCUCCCCUGGCCACAGCUACUGAGGGUGAAGAUGGAGGAGAUGACGAGGAAGAGGAAAUACUGACCACCUCUCACCCGCCAACUGAGGUAGUUGACACGGUGGUCACCAUGACACAAAAUCCCGAUGGCAGUUUGAAAAAAACGACACGAAAAACCACGCGUACCCUGGUCACAACCACUCGUGUACGUCGGAUCCGAGCAAAACCGUCCUCCGGGGAACGCCUGAUCGGGACA